AUGAUGUCACAGGAUUUCUAUCACGAAGACAAUUAUAAAGAGUAUUAUAAAGUUUUAAGAUUCUUUAUGCGUAUAUGCGGACUAUGGCCUUAUCAAACGUUACAAGUAAAAUGUUUCUGUUACGUGAUGACUUUAUUCUUAACUGAAGGAGUUCUCAUUGGACAGUUAUCAAAAUUGAUAGAAGUUCGCGAUGACAUGGAAGAAGUUAUUGAUUGUAUACCGAAUAUUCUGAUAUCAUUUUUUUGUGGGGCAGAGUUCUUAGGACUUUUAUUUAAUUCUGAAAAGUUGAAGGAAUGUAUCGAUACAAUUUUUGAUGAUUGGAAAUAUUUGUCUUCAAAAACGGAGAUUGAAUUAUUAAAAUCGUAUACUUUACAAGGAAGAAAAUUAGCCAUUCUUUACUUAAUUUACAUGUCGUUUACUGGUUUCAUGUUCAUUCUGCAACCGAUAAUUACAAUGUUGAGUUCAAGUUUUGAUAACUCAACAAAUAUAUUGGAGACUCUUCCGUAUCACUUGCGUUAUGGCAAUCUCGAUUUCGAAAAACAUUAUUACAAGAUACUUAUUCAUUCUUACAUUUCUAUAAUGUCUCAUAUGCUCAUUUCAGCUUCUAUAAAUUUAAUAUACAUAUCGUUCAUUCAACACGCCUGUGGAAUAUUUGCCGUGAUCGGGUACAAGUUGGAACAUAUUGGCGAAGAUGAAAAUUCAGAAAUCAGUUUAAACGUUAAAAAGAUCGAUGACAAAAAUUAUUGGACGGCUUUAGACUGUUUACGAAAGCACAUUAAAGUUAUAGAAUUUUCCGAGCUCAUAGAUGGAUCAUUUUCGGCUAUGUUUUUAUUCACCUUAGGACUCCACGUGUUAAUUUUAGCUGUUUCCGGUACACAGGUAUUAAUACAUUCUAAUGAAAUAAUCAAAGCUGUGAGAUUCGGUGCUCUUUUUGUAUCUAUAAUUAUCCAACUCUUAUGGCAAUGCUGGCAAGCACAGCUUUUAUUGGAUUAUAGUGAUUUACCUUACAGCAGCGU